GCAUUAAUAUUCAGUACUUAUUUUUAAAAGUUUGCUCUUCGGCCGCUCUGCUUCAGCCAUCUGCCGUUUUUUUCCGAACAAAAUGUCCACACCCACCGCCGCGCUAUGAAUUGUGGGAUAUAUGGUACCCCGAAGUGUACACCGGGCCACACUUCUAAUUUGGGCAAAUGAAGGGUGCAUUUGUCGACCGCAUUUGGAGUACACUUUGUAUUGGGACACUCUUCGUCGCAUCGCUGUGACGUAAUCGUUCUCCACAUGCACACUACAAAGCGUGCGGUCGCUGGAUUGGGACACAGUCUGUGACUGAUGAACUCUCUGUCUCACUACAGUGUAAUGUAAGGCCAUGCUUGCUCGCCCGCCAUGACCACUGUCACGCUGCGGUACUUCUGUUAUGGCUGCCUCGUCACCUCGGCCACCUGGUCCUUCCUGCUCUUCCUGUAUUUUUCCAUGGGGGCGGAGCCUGACCGUGGCAGGACUCCCAUGAGGCACCUCGGGCAGCCAAUCGCUGGAGGUGUGGCCGAUCGUAGAGGGGGGCGUCGGCCUCUGCUGCCAAGUAAUGGAGUGGAGCUUUCACCAGAGAUGGGGAUGAUCUUCAACGAGGCGGAUCAAGAGGUUCGGGACAGCGGCUACCACCGUCACGCCUUCAACGUCCUCAUCUCCAACAGGCUGGGCUUCCACCGCCAGUUGCCCGACACCAGAGACACCCAGUGUCGGGAGAAGUCCUAUCCUGUGGCUCUACCUUCUGCCAGCGUCGUAAUCUGUUUCUUCAACGAGGCGCUCUCCGCCCUGCUCAGGACUGUGCACAGCGUGCUGGACCGCACGCCGCCCUACCUGCUGCACGAGAUCAUCCUGGUGGACGACCACAGCGAGCUGGAGGAGCUGAAGGACGAGCUGGACCGCUACGUCAGGGCGGAGUUUCAGGGAAAAGUCCAUCUAGUGAGGAACCAGAGGAGGGAAGGACUCAUCAGAGGACGCAUGAUUGGAGCCUCACACGCUACAGGUGAGGUGCUCGUGUUCCUGGACAGCCACUGCGAGGUGAACCAGGCAUGGCUGCAGCCGCUGCUGGCGCCCAUCCAGAAGGACCGCCGCACUGUCGUCUGCCCCGUCAUCGACAUCAUCUCCGCCGACACGCUCGCCUACUCGCCCUCCCCCAUCGUCAGGGGCGGCUUCAACUGGGGGCUGCACUUCAAGUGGGACCCCGUGCCCCCCUCCGAGCUCAGCGGGCCUGAGGGAGCUUCCGGACCCAUCAGGUCCCCCACCAUGGCAGGCGGGCUGUUCGCUAUGAACAGGAAGUACUUUAACGAGCUCGGCCAAUACGACGCCGGCAUGGACAUCUGGGGGGGAGAGAACCUGGAAAUCUCCUUCAGGAUCUGGAUGUGCGGUGGUCAGCUCUUCAUCAUCCCGUGCUCCAGGGUUGGCCAUAUCUUCAGGAAACGGCGGCCCUAUGGCUCGCCGGGUGGCCAUGACACCAUGGCCCAUAAUUCCCUGCGGCUGGCGCACGUGUGGAUGGAUGAGUACAAGGAGCAGUAUCUCUCUUUGCGUCCAGAGCUGCGCAACCGGAGUUACGGCGACAUCGGCGAGCGCGUGGCGUUGAGGAAGCGGCUGCAGUGCCACUCGUUCAGCUGGUACCUGGACACAGUCUACCCUGAGAUGCAGACCGCCGCCAAUGGCAACAAGCAGCAGCCGCUGUUCAUCAACAAGGGCCUGAAGCGGCCCAAAGUCCUGCAGCGAGGACGGCUACGGAACCUCGCCAUCGGACGCUGUCUGGUAGCCCAGGGCCGGGUCAGUCAGAAGGGCGGCGCUGUCGUUCUGCGACCGUGUGACCCCCAAGACCCCGAGCAGGACUGGGCGUACGACGAGGAGGGUCAGCUGAUCCUGGCAGGUCUGCUGUGUCUGGACGUGUCAGAGGUCAGGACCUUUGACCCCCCGAGGCUGAUGAAGUGUCACGGCUCGGGGGGGUCGCAGCAGUGGAGCCUGGGGAAGUCCAACCGGAUCUACCAGGUCUCUGUCGGUCAGUGUCUUGCAGCUGUCUCCCAGCCAAUAGGACAGAAAGGUUACGUCUCCAUGGCGAUAUGCGAUGGCUCGCAGACACAGCAGUGGCAGCUGGAGGCCUGAGGAGGACGCCGCGGUGCCGUGGACGGAAUGAUCUCCGAUUCUCACCUGCUCAUUUAAUGUUUCGUGUUUUUCAUUUUAAGUUUGAUGUUUCAGUCGCAGAAGAACUUCGCCACGCCGGACGCCAUGCCCAGGCACGCCUGGAACUUCUUCAAGGUCCUUUUAAGGACCUGGAAAGUCCUGGAGUCUGGCGUCUGAUUUAAUCUGAUCAGUGAUCUGAUGUUUACUUGGUCUGCCUUCAUCAUGUGACCUCUGAGGCAUCUCCGUCCUCAGAGAAGCACUGCAGGCUUUUCUGUAGGGUUUUUAUCGUGUUCACACAGGAAGUGCUUCUAAAGCAGCAACAGCACUUCCCGUCCUCCUCAGGUCAAAGGUUGCUGUAAGUCCAAAAGUUUUGCUUCAGAGGGCCGUUAGCUGCAGAGAGCUGGAAUAAAACCGAACACUCACUCACUGAAGGACUCGGAGCGUCGCCACUGCUCUCGUGUCUCCCCGUGGAACCCGCUGCUCAUGCACCAGAACCAUAUCUGCAGUUAUUUCUAAUGAGGAGCUUCCUCAAUGAAGUUGGUGCGAGCAUGCACGUGAGAUCAGUUCUGAUGCCACUGAUGAUAGGAAGGAAGGCGGAGCUUACUUACCGUCAGGGUAAUCCACAGUGGGCGUCACAGCCACUUUUCCUCGAGCCGGUUGUUCCCCCAGAACACGAAGUGCCGCUAUGCUGUCACAGAGGCGCCUCGCUCGUUAUCCUUCGUUAACCGUGAAGGUCAGAAUGUUGUAAAUGUGAGUUUGUAGAAUAAAAAGUGAGGAUGUGAACCUUUAUUUUUAAAUUUUGACUGUUUGAAAUCUACAGCUACAGGAGAUAUAUCCGUGAAUGUGCAGAUUAAUAUUUACACAAAUAUACUGAAAUGUUACUGUUUGUUUGAUUAAACCUGCCACUGCUCAACUGCGCCCUCUAGAGUCACACGCUCAGAGCUGCGUUUCAGUGACAUCUAGUGGCCAAACGUGAGACAGCAGCAGGGUGUGAUUGGUUAGUGUGAAUGAUGUAAACACAGUUCAGUGAAGACGGCCCGCUGGCUCAGCUCGUUCUGCAGUAGCUGGGAGGAGGCAUGCACAUAACAUGGCCGAUGGCGUAAACGCCGCGCUACACCCAUCGUAGCAGCUGCAGUGUUGUCAAUGGUGAGCUCGGGCUGCAAGGUCACCAUUGACAACCAAACUGCUUUUGGCUCUUGACGGAGGCGGUCGCACUUUCUCCUUCUCCUUCUCCCUCUCCCUCUCACUUAUCUUUCCUGCUUGGCUUCUCAUGUCUUUUGUAUAGUCUCGCUUAUUCUCUAACCCUAAGAGAGUCUCCCAGACUUGUUCUCUAAAAACCUAAAGAAUUAUGGAUUUGAUCAACUGGUCCCUGAAUGCAAUUGACACCCUCGACGAGAAGCCUGGGUUCGGGAGAGCCCGUGACAAGACAUUGAAGACACCUUUUUGGAACCAUGAUAACAGGGUUCUUGCUGAUUGGCCCCGGCUUAUUGAAGGAUAAAGAAACCGGAAACGGCUGUUCAAAUCCCCACAAGGCUGCCUGCUUUGUUGAUUGGAAAGAUGGAGCGAGCUGUGGCUUCUCAGAAUGGGCUCAUCAGGUGCAGCACGAAUGACAUCUUGGAGAAGUUUGGGCUGCUGUGAGUACUGAGACCGACUGACAACAUCUGACAACAUCUCGGAGAGGCUCACGGCUGUCGUGAACACUCAUGCCCUAUGAGCAAAAUGGAUAACAUCUCGGCAUGGAUGGAUAACAUCGUGGAGAGGCUCACGGCUCCAGACUUGUGACCAGUGACGGACAUUAGACAACUGUAAAAUUUGAAGCAGUUGGUUCGCACUAACCAAAACAGCUACCAUCUUCAUUUCAUGUGGCGCCAGUUGGAUGCUCAAGGCAAAAGCUGACGGGAAUAACAAUUCUCCCUUAGAUAACAAGACUGUGUUAUGACUUUCUCCCUCCUCAUUUAAGGCCACCCGCAUCGAUUGAAGACUGUUGACUUUUGCCUAAUCGGGUGAAGGGACACUUUCUCUUGGUUGAACACAUACGCAUGUACACUGACACAGACCUACACUCACCCCCUCCAAACGCCUUCGAAGCUCAUGUCUUCUAUGUUGUGUGAUGUGAUGAUUCAUGUGCUGAGGUGUUUUUUUUUUGUUUGUUUUUUUCUGUUCUCAAACUGAUCUCCCUGUUGGAGGUCAGUCUAGGGGAGUUAUUUUUGUCUCCUUAUCUUUCCUCAUGUUGUGCAUUUUCCAUUGUUAUACCUCUCUGACCUGUCUUCCCCAUGUGAUGUUUGUGUGAUGUAUGUAUGGUCAGAAGGGUAAGAUGGCGCUGGCAAUGGUCGGCAGCCUUAACAACAAAUUUCCCACGUGUGGGACUAAUAAAGGUAUCUUAAAUGACUGUAAAUGAUCCUGAAAAAGUCUUGUGCUCAUCUGGACGUCUUCAGUGGGACGCGUGUCGUCAUCAGCUGACUCCGUCAGUCUCAGCUGACUGCAGCUCUCCGACCUUUAACCUUAAACACUGGCCCGUGUGUCGGUUUACAGUAAAUGUGCCCAUAGUCUAUGAAGGCUAACCUCUGUGCGUCUGUGCCCAAAAUAACCGUCGUGCAGCUCUAACAGUGCGAGUCAUCAAAGGGAAACUCACGGAGAAGUCAAACUUAGCUGGAGGAUUGUAGGGUCCUCGUCCCCCACAGUGAUACACGGCGAGGGGACCGCCGCUGUGAAAUGUUACAGGCGUCGUUUGAAUCCGAGCAGCUCGCAGGAAAACAUCCAAAGGUGGGGUUUACAAAAAAAUAUGAGCAUCAUAACUUUUAAGUUUCAGAACAGAAACCGUGCCAUCCUCCUCUCCAAGGCUUUCAUGUGUGAUAAUAAUAUGUUUUAUUUGAGGAUACCUUUCAGAAACCCAUGGUCACCUUACAAAUAUAGGCCGUUUACCAUUUUACAAAGAACAAAAUUAAUAAAAGGAGCAUUAGUCAUAAAAUGCAUAAAAUAAGUUAAAAUUGCAAAACAGAACUUGACAACAGAUUAAAAUCAGCACUAAAGCGAAUAAGCCAGUUUGAACAGAUGUGUUUUGAGCUGUGACUUAAAUGCGGGAAGAGAGUCUAUAUUUCUUAUAGACAGUUCCAGAGCCGAGGUGCAGAGCGACUGAAGGCUCUGUGUCCCAUAGUGAUGAGAUGAGCGGAAGGAACAGUAAGAUGAACAGCAGAUGAGGAUCUGAGAGGGCGGGAGACAGUGGUGAUAUGGAGCAGGUCACACAAAUAGGAAGGAGCAGAUUUAUGGAUACACUUAUACGUGAGAAGUAAGAUUUUAAAGUUUAUCCUGGCUUUUAUAGGCAACCAGCGAAGCUGCUGAAGAACUGUUGUAAUAUGACGGAGUGCAAGUUAUGACCCGAGCUGCAGAGUUUUGAAGAAGUUGGAGUUUAUGAAGGAACCUUUUAGGCAGACCAAAUAGGAGGGAACUGUAGUAAUCAAUACGGGACGUAAUAAGACUAUGGACAAGGAUGGCAGCAGCAUGGGGAGGAAGGAAGUGAUGGAGUCGGUUAAUAUUACGUAAGUGGAAGUAUGCAGACCAUGUUAUGUAAUUAAUGUGAGACUGGAAUGAAAGAGUACUGUCAAGUAAGACACCCAAACUUUUAACCUGAGUGGAGGGGAAAACAGGAUAGAGACUUGAAGAGUGUGAUUUAAAUUGGAUAAACUGAGUGCCGUCUGAGAGAUAUGAGGUGCACCAGGCAACGGGGGUGUGACUAAUGCCAAUGGAUGCUAACCGGUUCAGGAGAAUAUUGUGAGAAAUGGUAUCAAAUGCUGCACUAAGAUCAAGAAGGAUGAGGAUGGAUAGGAGACCAGAAUCAGCUGCCAUCAGAAGGUCACUGGUAAUCCUUAACAAAACAGUUUCUGUGCUAUGAUUGGGGCAGAAACCAGAUUGAAAUUGUUCAUAGAGGUUAUGGUUACUUUUUCAAGAAUUUUUGAAAAAACCCCUCAUCCCACUCCUUUCCAGACUCAAGGCAAAAUUUCCGCAUCAUAGAUUUCAAUGUCUGAUGAAACUGCUCGAGCGCACCUUGCGACUCCCGAUGAUAGGCACUAGAUUUCUGAUGUUUAAUGCCAAGUGAUUGCAAAACUUGAGCAAAAAUCUUAAACAUGAAAUUAGAGCCUUGGUCGGUUUGGACAGCUUUUGGUAACCCGAAAGUAGAAAAGAAGUUCACCAACGCCUUAACAACUGGUUUAACCUUAAGGGUGCGCAAUGGAAUUGCCUCGGGAAAACGUGUAGCAACGCACAUCAAAGUCAAGAGGUACUGGUGGUCCGAUUUUGUUUUAUGAAGUGGACCAACGCAUUCGAUGAGUAUGUGUUCAAAAGGUUCCCCUAAAACUGGAAUAGGGUGUAAUGGAGCGGGUGGAAUGACUUGGUUAGGCUUACCGCUAAUCAGACAGGUGUGACAAGAACGACAAUACUUAGCAAUGUCAUUCUUCAAUCCUGGCCAAAAGAAAUGACGCAGAAUGCGGUGGUAGGUUUUUCUAAUACCUAAAUGUCCAGAAAAGCUGUCAUGGGCAAGACUAAGAACUUUGUGUCGGUACUGUUGAGGCACCAGAACCUGCUGAAACACAUUCCAGCCCAGAUCACCAGUUGUAGGCGGAUACCAGGUACGCAUCAACACAUCAUCCUCAACACUAUAAACACGAGGAUACUGGUCACUAGAGUUGGCAGCUGAAAAACAACCCACAAGAGUCGGGUCACUGUGUUGUGCCAAAACAAAAUCCUUUUUGUUAACUCCCAAAGGCAGUUGAGAUGUCACUGAUGAGCUAAUAGACAGCAUCGCCUCAGAGUCGCCCGUCAGCGGGUCACAGGUUUUAGAUCCAGACUCCGGCUCACCACCAGCGCAGAGAAAAGAAUCAGACAAAUCAACAUCACCAUACUUGCACUUGUGCGCGCGAGUUACAGCGCAGGCAGGAAAAACAGAGGGGGAGCGCUCAGCGGCAGGGUCAGAUAACAAAGUAUCAGGCACAGGAUUCUCAACCACUCUCGGGAUAGAAAACACUUUCCCGUUCGCUAAGUCAUUCCCCAGAAUCAUCGCAACUCCGGGCACUGGCAACUGAUCGCGCCCGAAACGAGCGUCGAUUGAAGAAACACAUUGUGUAGUGGUACUAAUUUGCAUUGCAACAACAGACUCCAGACAUCCUUUGGCCAUUUUAAAGUGGUUGCGAUGCGCUCAAAAGCAGUGGAAUCAACUCAUCAACAAAUAGGAAUCGACCUCUCCCUCCCUAAAAGGAGGUACCAAAACAACCUGCUUGCUAGCGUUAAACUGGUCUACGAUGGAAGUGUCGGGGAGUGUACACAGCAAAUUCAA